AUGUCUAAUGAUGUUGGUGACAAAAAUUCAAGAACAGAAGAGGAGAAUGAAGAGUCUAUGAAGAAACAAUUCGAAUCCGCCGAGAGUAUAGUCAGAUCCUUAGAGGAUGGUAGAAUAGGUGCUAAGACAGGAAAGGUAUCGAUCAAUAAAGCCAGAGAAAUAUUGGAGAGCUUGACAAGAGAUGUAUCCGCUUUAAGCCUGUUCUCUGACAACGAAUCUAUUGAUGAGCUUCCACCAUCAUCUUUACCUUUUCUGCUUCUCCCUGCGUAUCUGGGAUUCCUACACGGCAACGGAUGCUCCGAUAUACAGCAGAGAUUAGAUGAGUUGAGGAAGGCUGAGAUUUAUUAUAAAGAUUUUUUACAACGAUUAAAAGAUUACGGAGUCAUUGACUUCGAGUUAUGGUGGAGUGUUGAAGAUGAUGAGAGAGAAGAAGAUUCCAAAGUUUGUCCUAAGAACAGCAACAUUGAACAGUCCAGAGAGAAGAAAAUCGAACGAUUUAAGCUGCAGAAAGAGCUGGAGGCCAAGCUGAAAUCCUUAAGUGUCGUAUGCAGUCAGGGAGUGAACAACGAUGCCGAUACAAGAGAUUUGUAUAUGACCCAACUGAAAUUCUGGGCGAACAAAGUAUAUGAUGAAUUGUGUUCAGUCGAAGCUGAAAUACCACUAGUGAAACGGAUGCUCCGAGGACCAGAGGCUAAUGAGAACGAUGAUGAAAAGAAACAACAGCCGAGAAAACCUCUCAAGACUUUCACAAUAACUCGAGAUCAGCAGCAAAAGAAGGUGUUCGGCCUAGGAUAUCCUUCAAUACCUACGUUGACCGUAGAUGAAUGGUAUUCUCAAAGAUUUGAAAACGCGGGUAGUCACGGGACUGUUCCUGGGCCAAGCAAUGCUCCCCAAAGUCACGAUCACAAGGAUGAUGAUUGUUCUAGUAAAGACGGAAGUGAUGAUGAUGAUUCAGAAGCUGAAGAAGAGAAGAGGAGAGGCAGAAUACAUAUGGAUGAAUACAAAGAUACUCAUAGACGAGGGUGGGGUAACACUCACAAUAAAGGAUAA